UCGUUUGAAAUAUGUGGCGGGGAGAUUCGUUGGCGUUGCGCAGUCAAAGCGAAGCACAGGCGAGUCCCAAUGCAUCACAAAUGAAAUAAUCCCAACAAAUCGAACUGGCAAAACAAUGGACAACUCAAAUCACCUAAUUUCGAAGAUGUCGGAGAAAUUGGAGAAGUCAUUGUCAAUGGACACUGAGGAGAUGGAGACAUACCAGAGGUACAUCAGGGAUGGAAAAGAUGCUGCCAGACAAGGAAAUAUGUCAAAAUCAUUGGAACUGUUCAAGCUGGCCCAUGACAUCCACCCUGGUGAUAAACUUUGGAGCAGGAUAAAGAAACUUCAGGAGGCUAUAAAAGAGAUGGCACAGCAAGGCUCAGAGAGUGAGGAUGAAGAUUUUGUCAAUGUCAACAACAGUGGUCUAAUGCUUUUCAAAGAAAUGUAUGACAAACUGUAUGAUCAUCAGCAAGAGGGGGUUGCUUUUUUGUAUGGUCUCCACAGAGAUGGUCGUCAAGGAGGAAUCCUAGCUGAUGACAUGGGCUUAGGGAAGACAAUUCAGGUCAUAUCGUUUCUCUCUGGUAUGUAUGAUGCUGACUUGGUAAAGCAUACCCUGCUCAUCAUGCCAACCUCACUCAUCAAGAACUGGAUCAGGGAAUUUGCCAAAUGGACUCCUGGAAUGAGAGUCAAAGAGUUUCAUGGCACAAGCAAAGUGGAACGCAACAGGAACUUGGAGAAGAUUCAAAGAAGAGGUGGUGUCAUCAUCACUACAUACCAAAUGCUGAUCACUAACUGGGAACUUCUCUCGUCUUACAAUGGUAGAGAAUUCAAAUGGGAUUAUGUAAUCCUAGAUGAGGCACACAAGAUCAAAACCUCCUCAACCAAGACAGCCAAAAGUGCACAUGCGAUUCCUGCCAGGAAUCGUGUACUUCUUACAGGCACACCUGUACAGAAUAACCUGAGAGAAAUGUGGGCUCUUUUUGAUUUUGCUUGUCAAGGGGCACUUCUUGGUACUUCUAAAACCUUCAAAACACAGUAUGAAAGUCCCAUCACCCGUGCAAGAGAGAAGGAUGCCACCCCAGGUGAGAAAGCCCUGGGGCUCAAGAUGUCGGAGAACCUCAUGGCCAUCAUAAAUCCAUACUUCCUAAGGAGGACAAAGGCAGAAGUACAGAGAAAAACACAAAACUGUGUGAAAGCCUGUGAAAAGGACCUUGAAAACGAAGUCCCAAGUAGUAGUAGGGGUGGUGGUGGUGGUGCAGAAAUGCCGAACCUCACCAGGAAGAAUGAUCUAAUUAUCUGGACGUACCUGAGCUCAGUUCAGGAGGAAAUCUACAAUCAGUUCUUAUCCCUAGAUAACAUCAAGGAGCUGCUCAUGACCACCAGGUCACCGUUGGCUGAACUGAAUAUCCUGAAGAAAUUGUGUGACCACCCAAGACUUCUCUCCGCCAGGGCUGUCGCUCAGUUAGGCCUAGAAGAAGGAACAAGUGCAAACUCUCAUGAUGAUGAAAAUGAAUCUGCUGCACACAGAAUCGACAACAUAUCUGAUGAAACACUAAUAUCAGAAUCUGGAAAGAUGAUGUUUCUCAUUGCACUUUUGGAAAGUCUUAAGGAAGAAGGCCAUCGCACACUUGUUUUCUCUCAGUCAAGGAAGAUGUUGGACAUUCUUGAACGGGUUCUAGUGAACAAGCGUUUCAAGAUUGUGAGACUUGAUGGCACAGUAACACACCUCACAGAAAGAGAGCGGCGCAUCCAAAUGUUCCAGACCAACAAGCAAUACUCAGUCUUUCUCCUAACCACCCAAGUGGGAGGAGUUGGCAUCACAUUGACAGCAGCAAACCGAGUAGUUAUUUUUGACCCCAGCUGGAAUCCAGCCACCGAUGCCCAGGCCGUUGACCGGGCCUACCGCAUUGGACAAACAGAGAACGUUGUCAUCUAUAGACUGAUCACUUGUGGCACAGUGGAGGAGAAGAUCUACAGACGGCAGGUGUUCAAAGACUCCUUGAUCAGACAGACCACCGGGGACAAGAAAAAUCCAUUCCGGUACUUCAGCAAACAAGACCUGAAAGAACUCUUCACACUACAAGACACUCGAUCCUCAUCAACACAGCUGCAGCUGCAGUCACUGCACUCGAGACAAAGACUCACAGAUCCUAAAUUGGAUGAACACAUCGCCCACCUUCACUCCAUGGAGAUGUUUGGAAUAUCUGAUCAUGACCUCAUGUUCUCGCAUGAAGUAGCAAACAACGAAGAUGACCCUGGGGAUCAGGAAGCUCACAAGUACAUAGAGAACAGGGUGCAGAAAGCUCAGGAGCUGAUGAAGGUGGAAUCUGAGUUGCAACAGCAGUUUGCUGACAGCAUUGAGUCAAACACUGAGCCGGCACAUCUGCGGAAACCCCCUCAACACUAUACAGUGGGGUCAACUGAGAAAAAGCCAAAGAAUGAAAAACCCAGCCCCUCCUAUCCUAGCCAUAACCACAACUUCAACUCCCCUGUGUUGGUGGAUCUUACCCAUUCUGGGUCUGGUGACGAGGAAGAUAUCCACAAUCUGAGUAACAAAUUCAUUGAUCUAGCUGUAGAUGAAAGCAUUGAGAUUAUAGAGCCCACUGUGACAUUUGCGACUGAGGAACAGUUCAUAAAGAGCAACCAUCUUUCUCCCAUAGACACGUCUCUUGAGGUGUUGUUGAAUGGUGAGCCAAUUUACACUUCCGCUCAAGAGAUUUUGGAUGUGUCAUCAGAAGCAAAGGAUGAUAUUGUUGCCGUAGGACAUCUUACCUCUGAAGUUGAACAAGACAACCAGCCAAAUGGCAAUGGUUCCCCACAAUGGCAGAACUUGUCACUUCACCAAGACUUGACAAUGGACCAGAAGAUCUCACCUGUCAAAUCCCAGAAGAAUCAAAGACUUUCUAUGCUACUACAGAUGUCCAACAAGAGCCUAGAAAGUCAUGCAGAAACAUCCUCCAAAGUUGAUGAACUUGAGUCUUUUGGAGGAAAUUUCAAUCUACAGUUAGAGGACAGCGCUAGUGAUAUGUUCCCAGAAGAGGAAUCCGAGUCCAUUGUGGGAAAUUCAGGUUUCCAGUUAGAGAUGGAUGUCGGCUUCAAUGCAGAUGACAAGCCUUCUGUGACUGGAGAUGUUGAACAGAAUGGAGCAGAUGUUCAUGUCAAUUCCCCUGUUACUGAAAACUCAUUCAUUACUACUUUCAAGAAAAAGAAAAGAGAAGCUUUAAUUUACAAUAGUGAGGAGGAUGACAUUGACGAAGAUGAGAGGCCUCAUUUGAUGAACAGGAAAUUGGAUGAAGAAUUCCAUGGUAUUGGUUCCUCCACACCAAAAUCUGUUAAAUCUGGAUCCAGUUCCUUUAAAACCAGGAAAAGCUUGGGAGUGAACACCUCUGUGGCCUCAAGACGUUCCUUUGUGGAUUCCGUGAUUGAGCAUGUAGAGGACCUUGAUGAGGACAUGGAAGCUGAGGUUUUACAGGUGCACACUGAUGAUGCAAGUGAGGAAAGUGAGGUGACUGGAUCUUGUGAGGUGACUGGAUUUCAUGAGUCUCUCAUGGAAGAGGAACCCACAGGGGAAACCUUAAACACUGAGAAUGAAGAGGAAAGUGAGGAAGGUGGAAGUGAGCCAAUGCAUGUUGAAGAAUCUGAAAUGGGAGAGGAGGAAGAAAGUUCUUUGGAGGAAUCUACCGGUGAUCAUGAACUUGUUUCUAGUGAAAGAAUGGACCAAUGUGCCAGUGGAAAAGAUGCCACAUUACAGACUGUGGAAUGUGUCAACAACAGCCGUGAUUCCUCAGCUAUGACUGAAGAAAAGAUGUAUGAAAACCAUGUGGAAAAUGGAAAACAAUCUUUCUCUGAGGGGAAACUUGAUGAUGCCUUGAACUUCUUUUUGAAAGCAAUUGACAUUAAAAGUGGUGAUCCUGAAAUUCAGUUAAUGGCAAUUAAAUUGUACCGUCAGCUCGGUGAGAGAAAAAAAAAAAAAGUGAAAUAUUUUUGAAAAGUGUGAACUCAUUGCUGUCAUCUACAUGUACACACAAUGUAUCACUUCACUGAUAGGGGUGUCUUUUUAAAGGUGUGUCUUGUAAAACUACGUUGAAACAAAUGGUUAAAAUAAUAGGCUAGUUAGAAAUGUUUUUUUGAUCAAUUAUUUUCUUAAUUGUAUUUUUGCAUGCUUUUGUAAUGUGUAUAUAAUUCAUAAAUGCAAGUAAAAAAUAAUCUAAAAAUCUAAUUUGUUUUAAAGUUUAAUUGUGUAGUUUCACUGUGGAGGUUUCAAUCAUUACUCAGCCCAUUAAAUAUUCAAAGGAAAAUGGCAUUUAGUGCUUGCAAUUUGGUUUGAUGUAUAUGUUUUGUGAUGCUAACUCUUAUUACUUGAGCUCUUAUGUGAGCCAUAUAUUGUAUAAUGAUGAUAAUAUCACACCAUAAAACAGCAUAUUUGGUUUCCAAUAAAUUAAGCAAUAUUA